AUGAAUUCUGAAAUGGAUCUUCCUUCAAUGUCCAUAGAUUUAAAUUCAUUUUCAACAGUUGAAAAUCCACCAACCUUCAAUUCUACUCGAUUACAAACAAUUGAUUUUAGUAAAUAUUUACGUAAAAUAGCUGGUAUUGAUGUACCAUAUAUACCUUGUACAGUUAUUUGUAUUGGAUUUGAUCUCCUUUUUACAUUAAUUACAUUAGUUAUGGGAAGUUCGAAUUUUUCGUCAUGUCCAAUUGAACCUCGAAUACCAAUUUAUUUGGUCGUAGUGUCUACAAUUAAUCUUGUAAUGAUUUUUUUAACUAUUACUGCUUGUUUUCUUCAUGUCAAAAAAAAAGAUGAUAAUUUAUUUGGGUUUUUUUUUAUUACUUCAGCUGCUAUAAGUAUUUUAAUUUUACAAUUAUUUUGUUUUAUUUGGCUGAUUUUGGGGACUGUUUGGACAUAUAGUAUUCUCAAUGAAGUACAAUAUACACCAACAAAUAAGGGAACUUAUUGUCAAGCAAGUAUUUAUAGAUAUACAUUAGUUUCGAUUAUUUUACAAUAUAUUAUUCCAAUUAUUUUAUGUUGUAGUAAAAAUAUACGACCAAUGAAAUAA